AUGAGGAACACCAGGUCAAACCUGCUGCUCGGCUGCGUGCUCCUCUGCUCCGCCUCGCUGCUCUACCUGGGCAUGAGCGGGAUAGAGUGCCCUCAAAAAAGCCACCGCUACCGAUGGAUGGAGCUCAACCUGGCCUCAGCCAAUCAGAGUCAAACCCUCACCGAGCAAUUCCCUGAGGACACGCCGCUGAUCUUCAUCGGAGGUUUUCCCAGGAGCGGCACCACACUGAUGCGCGUCAUGCUGGACGCCCACAACGCCGUACGGUGCGGGGAAGAGACCCGAGUGAUCCCUCGCCUCCUGGCCAUGCGGGCCACCUGGAGCCGCUCGGUCAAGGAGAAGAUACGACUGGACGAGGCGGGCGUCACUGACCAGGUGUUGGAUUCAGCCGUGCGAGCGUUCCUGUUAGAGGUGAUAGUCGGCCAUGGAGAGCCUGCACCUCGCCUCUGUAACAAGGACCCGUUUGCCCUGAAGUCUCUCUCAUACCUGGCACGCAUCUUCCCUAAAGCAAAGUUUGUGCUCAUGCUACGAGACGGACGGGCCACCGUCCACUCCAUGAUAUCACGCAAGGUGACCAUCUCUGGCUUUGAUCUGACGAGCUACAGGGACUGUUUGACCAAGUGGAGCAGUGCAGUGGAGACCAUGUUCAAUCAGUGCCAGGCAGCCGGGAAGGGCAGAUGUCUCCCUGUUAGCUAUGAGCAGCUGGUCAUCCAACCACAGGAGGAAAUGAGGAAGUUGCUUCACUUCCUAGACCUGCAAUGGGAUCCAUCAGUGCUGCACCACGAAGAGCUGAUUGGCAAGGCCGGUGGUGUGUCUCUGUCCAAGGUUGAGCGUUCGACGGACCAGGUGAUGAAGCCCGUGAACACAGACGCCCUCGCCAAGUGGGUGGGACACAUUCCUUCUGACGUGUUGAUUGACAUGGCAGAAAUCGCCCCCAUGCUGGCUCGCCUUGGCUACGACCCUCACGCCAACCCCCCCAACUACACACGACCAGAGCCCAUGGCCUCUCCAUUCAACUACUCACAGAGUUUUAAAACAGCAGAAUCUCCACACCCCAGUUAAACAACAGAAGAGAAAGCUGUUUGCUGUUCCACGACAUGGAUGCACCUUAAACACAGACCAGCUAAGCAGCAAUUACACCUCAUGAACAUUUCUAUAGUGUCUCAUAUGUAUUUUUGAAUUGUUCGUAAGACUUGAAUGCAGCGGUUCUGUCUGUUCACAGUCUGUUUUAAAAUACAGAUUCAUGGGGUGGUUCGGAGUUUUAUAUCUCAGCCCUUGUGCUGUAUGUGGAUAACCUGAGGCUCACGGCAGUUCAGACGUCAUCACGCUAUCACACCUCGUACCUGCAAGUAUUUCAACGCGUCUGUCGGUCGUUAUGGCUUCACCACUAAUGUGAAUGUGUCUUUACACAAAUCUCCUUCUCACUGAGAUUUCAGUCAGUGUCCAUGAAGCAUAAUGACUGUAUAUUUUUCAAGAUGUAUGUUUAUUUUCUUAAUAAAUUAUUUUGCCGUUGACCAAUCAUUCAGGAAAUUGAAAGUUGUUUAUUCCAAACUGAGAAUUUGUAAUUGUUGUGUAUUGUUCAACACGAAAUAAAAACAUGCCUAAAUGUCACCUUA